AUGCAGCAUAGUGAAAUUAAAAGUAAGAAUAAUCUGUUAAAGAUAUUAUUCAAAGUUAAUAACAUUCUUUUUAGUAUAAUUAAAAUCAAUAAUUUAAUUAAUGCUUACAUUAGUUUGAGAUUGUUAGAAAAGUUUGAAAAUAGAAGUUUGGAAUUAUUAAAAACUUAA